CUCAAAAAGACCUUCCAAGAAAACAAACAGACAAACAUGUGAAUCCCCUUAUCCAUUCUCACUCAUCUAUGCAAAGUGCAAACCAAACCCACCUGUCACGCCAUUGCCUCUGCACCAUCUUUCUUUGUUAUGGCAGCAGCAGAAUAUUCAGGUAGGAGGAAUUCCAAUACUCAGCUUCUCGAAGAGCUGGAAGCACUCAGUCAGUCUCUCUACCAAACCCACACUAGCACCAACCGGAGAACUGCCUCACUUGCACUUCCUCGAACUUCAGUUCCCUCUCUUACUUCUCUAGAUGAGACCACCACAGCAAAACUUGAUGAGAAAUCCACCUCCAAACCUCGAUCCAGGCGAAUGUCCUUAUCACCAUGGCGUUCUCGACCAAAGCCUGAUGAUGAUAACGCCACCAAGCCAUCUAAUCAACCGGAAGCCAAGAAGCUGGAGGAAACAGCAGCUUCAACACAGAAGAAAGGAAUUUGGAACUGGAAACCAAUACGUGCUCUUUCUCAUAUUGGGAUGCAGAAACUGAGCUGUUUGUUCUCGGUUGAAGUAGUUGCUGUACAAGGUCUUCCAGCUUCGAUGAAUGGCCUCCGGCUUUCUGUUUGUAUUAGGAAGAAGGAAACCAAAGAUGGUGCAGUUCAAACCAUGCCGUCAAGAGUUUCACAGGAAGCUGCUGAUUUUGAAGAAACCUUGUUUGUCAAGUGCCAUGUCUACUGCUCUCCAGGAGGCAAUGGAAAGCAGCCGAAAUUUGAGCCUCGUCCAUUUUGGAUUUAUGUGUUUGCAGUUGAUGCUGAAGAGCUUGAUUUUGGGAGAGGUUCAGUGGACUUGAGUCAACUUAUUCAGGAAUCCAUGGAGAAGAAUCGAGAAGGUACUAGGAUUCGUCAAUGGGACACAAGCUUCAAUCUAUCUGGAAAGGCUAAAGGGGGAGAACUUGUUCUGAAAUUGGGAUUUCAGAUUAUGGAAAAGGAGGGAGGAGUUGAUAUCUAUAAUCAAGCUGCCGGAUUGAAGCCAAGCAAAUCCAAAACUUUCACUUCUUCUUUUGGCUGUAAACAAUCCAAAACAUCAUUCAGUAUCCCCAGUCCAAGGAUGUCAGGUCGAAGCGAAGGUUGGACUCCUUCUCAGACAAAAACAGCUGCUGAUCUUCAAGGAAUAGAUGACUUGAAUCUUGAUGAGCCAGCUCCAGUUCCUUCGCCUUCUCCCCGAGUUCAGAAAUCAAAACCACCAGAACCAAAGAUUGAAGAACUUGAACUCCCAGAAUUCGAUGUUGUGGAUAAAGGAGUUGAAAUUCAAGAGAAACAAGAGUCUGAAGAAAAUGUCAAAGUAAAGUCAGCAUCAUCAAGUGAGGUUGUUAAGGAGAUGGUACAGGAUCAGUUACAUCUUUCGAGAUUAACUGAGCUUGAUUCCAUUGCUCAACAGAUAAAAGCUCUUGAAUCUUUGAUGGGAGAAGAAAAAAUAAUUAAGAUGGAGGAUGAAACUGAAUCACAGAGACUAGACGCAGAUGAAGAGACAGUAACUAGAGAAUUUCUUCAAUUGCUUGAGGAUGAAGAGCUGAAUACUUACAAAUUUAAUCAACCCGAAAUUCCUCCUUUGCAGCUUGGAGAAGCUGAUGAAUCUAUGGAGGCUGAAUCCAAAGUGUAUCUAUCUGAGCUUGGGAAGGGUUUAGGGUGUAUAGUACAAACAAAGAAUGGAGGCUACUUAGCAGCCAUGAAUCCUCUGGAUACGGUUGUGGAAAGGAAAGACACUCCAAAGUUAGCUAUGCAGUUAUCAAAACCAAUUAUUAUUCCAUCUCACAAAUCCUUGAGUGGGUUUGAAUUGUUUCAAAAAAUGGCAGCUGUUGGUUUUGAGGAACUCAGCUCCCAAAUUUUGUUGCUGAUGCCUAUGGAUGAACUGAUGGGGAAAACUGCAGAACAAAUAGCAUUUGAAGGUAUAGCUUCUGCAAUCAUCCAGGGAAGAAACAAAGAAGGUGCCAGUUCCAGUGCCGCUCGUACCAUUGCUUCAGUAAAAACCAUGGCAACGCAGAUGAAUGCAGGCAGGAAAGAGAGGAUUUCAACAGGAAUCUGGAAUGUAGAUGAAAAUCCAUUGACGGCAGAGGAAAUUUUGGCAUUCUCGAUGCAGAAGAUUGAGGCAAUGUCCAUUGAGGCAUUGAAAAUUCAGGCAGAAAUGGCAGAUGAAGAUGCACCAUUUGAUGUUUCUCCACUCAAUGGAAAGACAAAUACAGAUGGUGAGAAAGAAUACAAUCACCCUCUAGCUUCAGCAAUACCACUUGAGGACUGGAUCAAAUAUACUUCCGAUGGUAAGUCAGAGGAACCAGCAACAAUCACAUUAGCGGUGGUUGUCCAACUACGGGAUCCUUUGAGACGCUAUGAGGCAGUUGGAGGCCCAGUAGUAGCACUCAUUCGUGCAACCUGCGCAGACAUAAAAAUAGACAAGUAUGAUGAGGAAAUGAAAUUCAAAGUGGCUAGUCUACAUGUUGGAGGCUUGAAGCUCAGUACAGGAGGAAAGAGGAAUAUGUGGGAUACAGAGAGGCAGAAGCUGACAGCAAUGCAGUGGUUGGUGGCAUAUGGACUGGGAAAGGGAGGGAAAAGGGGAAAACAAGUGUUGGUGAAGGGGCAAGAUCUGUUGUGGAGCAUUUCCUCGAGAAUAAUGGCUGACAUGUGGCUCAAACCAAUGAGAAAUCCGGAUAUAAAAUUUGCGAAGUAGAGAAGCAAAUCUAGAGUGAAUUGUUCUUACAUUUUAUUCACAUUACGCCUUUCAUGCACCAACAACAAAGCUUUCUUGUUAUAAUGCAAGGUACUGCAAAAAGCAUCAUCAAAAUUCUAGAGAUAGUAUGUUUUUCAUGUAUAAGAUUUGUUUCAUUUGUAAGUACCUUCUGUUCAAUAUCUCCAUAAUGGAAAACAGUCCCGUGAUUUCAGUUC